AUGGGAUCCUCUGAUCGCACGCCAACCGCAGGCCGCGUCUCGAAGCUGGUCGUCCUCUCCUAUGUAGUCGACUGGAUCGUCAUCUUACACUCGUUUAGUCUACGAGACCCUAAUAUAUCAUAUCCCUUUGCCGCCAAGGAGACUGUCUCCGUCACCGUGCUUGUGCUAGUCACAUUGGUUGCCCCUCUCGUCCUGAUUGCGCUGUUUAGUUUGCUCUUCAUACCCGGCAGGUCGGCGGCUGCAGGCACGCCUACCUCCCUGAUAUGGCGUCGCAAGCUGUGGGAGUGGAAUGCCGGGUGGAUGGGGCUCGGAGUGGCUUACGCUUGCACCUAUGCGGCGACUGAGGGAAUGAAGGUGCUCUUUGGGAAGCCCAGGCCGGACAUGUUGAGCAGAUGUGACCCUGACCUAUCUGACAUUGCCAGCCAUGUCGUCAGUGGGCUGGGACAGAGGCUUGAAGGUGCUCCGGAGCUGGUCACUUGGACGAUAUGUCGCAACACGUCUUCGAGACUGCUGCGAGACGGGUUUGUGAGCUUCCCGAGCGGGCAUUCAUCUAUCUACCUAACACUUUGGGUAUCCUCGAAACUAUUCAUUGCCUUCCCCAACCUUUCGCCAGCUCACUUCACCCGACACGUUCGUGCUGCUUCUUUCCAACAACAACCAGAAGACGAAGAGACCCCUCACACCUCGUCCUCGUCCGACACAAUUCCACUGCGCGAGCAAGGCGCAGCACCACCGACAUACCUCCUCCUUAUUGCUGCCAUACCCAUCUGUACUGCUGUAUUCAUUGCCAGCAGUCGGUGGGUAGAUAACCGGCACUUUGGCUUUGAUAUCCUCUUUGGCUCCGUGCUGGGUACACUGUUCGCCUGGAUUGGGUUCAGUCUCUAUCACAUCCCUCUUACAUCCGGUGCGGGUUGGGCAUGGGGUCCAAGGAGCAGACACCUUGCCUUUUUUGCUGGUGUAGGCUUCCCAACCUAUGGGUGCGCCAUGGAUGAGCACCAGCACAGGAGCGGUGAAGCUCUUCCCCAGUGA